UAGAGAGUCCGUGUCGCGUCCGUCGGUCUAAUCGGUCGCACAUCUUUUCGCGCGUCGUAAUUUUUGUAAUAUAAUUAAAUAUUUUAUUUUUCUAAUUGUUGUUGCAAAACUUUCUCAAAUAGUAUAACAAUCGUGUUUUAAAGUGUGAACACCCUAGCUGCUCCCCGAACGGCUUCAAGAUUGAUCCCUCCAAGAUGGUGUCGACCCGCGGGCAGAGGUAUAAAUUCUCCGACGGAGAAAAGGUUCUCUGUUAUGAGCCGGAUCCCACCAAGGCAAAGGUUUUGUACGACUCCAAGGUAAUAAAGGUUCUGGAAGUGUCGGAAGGUAAGGAUAAACGCGGGAAAAAGGUGAUUGAGUACCUGAUUCACUUCCAAGGCUGGAACUCUUCCUGGGACCGGAAGGUUGGUGAAGAUUUCAUACUUAAGGACACCGAAGAGAACCGACAGCUGCAGAAGGAUUUGGCGGAAAAGUCCCAGUUGCAUCAGGGAACUUAUCUGUACCGUAAAGAACGCAAAAAGCAGAGGGAUAAAUCGUUGACGGCUCGCAUAGAGAGCCUCACACAGCAAAUAGGGCCACAGAAUAAGCCGAUGCCGCCUGUUCAACCGCUAUCGGAGGAAGGCAGCUCCUGCAGUAACGGCGGAUUUGGACGUGAGGAAUCAGAUUUCGCUAUUGAACCUUCUCUGGAUCUGGACACCGAGUACUACAGUAGCUCUCCGGAAAGUACCCACGAAGAAGACAAAGUCUACCUCCAGGUGGGCGACAAGCUGAAGCGAAUCCUCGAGUACGACUACCGCAUGGUAGCCGAAGGCAGGCUGGUGGAGAUUCCCGCCCAACUUCCGAUCGUUACGAUCCUCGAGCACUUUGUUCGCCAUUACACCAUUCGGCAGCUGUUCGGCCAGGAACAGGCGAAACUCCUCAGGCGGCGAAACAGUUCCUUCCUCAAGGGUGACCAGAAGACGAAAGAUUACGAAACCAUUCGCACAAAUGUCGAACUGUGCAAGGAGGUGGCAGACGGCUUGCGGCUGUACUUUGAUUUCACCCUGAAGGACUACCUGCUGUAUCCUUUGGAGAGGCACCAGGCCGAAUUGGUUCUUUCGGAAGAAUAUCUCAUGAAUUUCACCUACGUGUCAUCCCCGUCGCUUUCCCUUGAUCUGCUGACGAUUCGUUUGGAAACGCCGGCGAACGAUUCCGGCAGCACGGAUCACGUGGCAGAUCCGACCGUCUACGGUAGUUCCUUUGCGGCGGCCCAGGAAGAGAAGAGACGCCGUCGGUUGAGGUCGCACAAAAACGAGGAAAACGAAUUCAUUCUGGACAUGGGAUUCCUAAAGUCGGAAUCGCAUUCGCCGGGCAACCCGCAUGCUCUGGCAUAUUCACUGCUGAAAAGUGUGUUUCCUGCGAAUGUGACGAUAUCCUAUCAAUCGAAGGAAAUUAUGGAGGACGUUUUCGGCUGGAAGAUCCUCCCCUCGGACGCCCCGGCCGAGCCGUCGAUGAUCUAUGGGGCUACCCAUCUGGCCCGGUUGAUCGUUAAACUACCGGAAUUCCUGUCCGCCUCGUCGAUGGCCGAUGAAAAGUUGAAGCUGUUGCUAAAAUUCCUGGACUGCUUCUCGGACUACAUGGAAGAGCACGAGGAAUGGUUCGGCAGCCAUGUGUACAGUGAGAAAAAGGCGAAUCUGCUGGACGACAGUGUGAGGUUGUCCUCGAUGGUCGGCGGUAUCCGGAUCAAGGAGGAAGAUUUGGAUUUGCAUGACGAUGGAAUGAUGGCCGGGCCGUUGCUUUCGGAUGUGAAGGUGGAGGCAACGUCGUUGUUGUAGUAAUACAGUUGGUCUGAAGUAAUAAUGAA